UGCGCUCACCAAGUGUGGCUGGCAAGCUGUAAAGCCACACGUUAGUUCCCCCUCCAAGUCCAAUUGAAUGCUGUUGGGACGCUCGCGCUUCACCCACCGACAGCAUAAGAUGUCUUCACUGCUCAAGGUGGACAAUGAAAUUAAAACCAAGGUUGAUGCAUUUAGAGAACGUAUCACUGCAGAAGCUGAGGACCUAGUGGCUAAUUUUUUCCCAAAGAAAUUACUGGAACUUGAUCACUUCCUUAAGGAGCCAAUCAUAAACAUCGUAGAGCUGAAGGAGAUCCACUCUGACAUCAACCUGAUGGUUCCCGACCCCAUCCUGCUCUCCAACCUUCACGAUGGACUCGACGCGCAAAAUGCCAAAAAGAGAAAGCUGGAGGACGGAGAUGCAGAGGACAAGGUGACCGGCACCAAGGUCUUCGUCAUGCCCGGCGGGAUGAUGAAGAGCAACGGUAACCUGGUAGAUCUCAUCGAAAAGGUCAAACCGGAGAUCCGGACGCUCAUAGAGAAAUGCAACACGGUAAAAAUGUGGGUGCAGCUGCUGAUUCCCAGGAUAGAAGAUGGCAACAACUUUGGAGUGUCCAUCCAGGAGGAGACAGUGGCCGAGCUCAGGACGGUGGAAGGCGAGGCGGCCUCUUACCUCGACCAGAUAUCCAGAUAUUACAUCACCCGAGCAAAGCUGGUUUCGAAAAUAGCAAAAUAUCCUCAUGUGGAAGACUAUCGGCGCACAGUAACAGAGAUCGACGAGAAGGAAUAUAUAAGUCUGAAGAUCAUUGUAUCGGAGCUCCGAAAUCAAUACGUGGCGCUACACGAUAUGAUCCUGAAGAACAUUGAGAAAAUCAAGAGGCCUCGGAGCAGUAACGCAGAAGCCUUGUACUGAACGCCGCCAAACUCCCAGCCCCGCACGUUCUGUCAUUUCAGUGCAAUCAAACAAACACCGUACAUACAAAGAUGGACACCAUGCCUGCUUUUUUUUAAUCGUAAGAGACUUUUGUUUUCCAGUUUUAAUGACAUAAAAUUUCUGGGAAGUCACAUUCUAAGCAAGAAUGUCUUUUUUUUUUUUUUUUUUUUUUUUGGAAACGCUUGCAAGAAGGUUCCGGAGCAACUUUUAUGUUCUUUGUCGGAACGAUGGUUGAAAAGGAAUGUUUUAUGUCGUACAGUCGGCUUCUAGGUCCACAUAAGAAAAAUCACCUCAUUAAAAUUCUGUUGAAUAAACUUUUUUUUUUUUAAGAAA